CGAUGUGCAGACCUCCAUCCUCGGCCUUCGCUCUGGCAACCCUGCUGUCAAUGGUGUUCGACUGAGUGCCGCGCCUACAACAUUUACUCCUAGAAGUCCUUAUUUAAACCACGACUGCACAGAGCGUCCGCCAACACUAGCAACAUGCCCAUCGUAAACGUCGAUACAUUCACCAAGACCCAGCUCGACUACCUUAUCGUUGGAGGAGGUACCUCGGGACUUAUUGUCGCCGCUAGACUAUCGGAAGAUCCCAAUGUAAAAGUUGGUGUGGUCGAAGCCGGACCCUACCACGAGCACGAUCCCGAAAUCAAUAUACCCGGCAUGAGGGGUUUGGCCUUGGGCAACCCCAAGUUCGACUGGAAUUUCUCGACCUUGCCUCAGAAAGAGCUCGACGGUCGCGUCGUUCCCCAGAAUCGUGGUAAAGGUCUGGGAGGAACAUCUGCCAUCAACUUCCUGCUUGCCAUUCGUCCUGCGGAAGAAGAGGUGGAUGCUUUCGAGAAGCUGGGAAAUCCGGGCUGGAACUGGAAGAAUCUCCUCGGAUAUAUGAAGAGGAGUGAACACUUGCAUGAGCCCAGCCAUCUCACGCCUGAGAAGGCAGUGGAAUACGCUGUAGGUCCUGAACCAGGACUCUACGGACACGAUGGCCCCGUCGCGAAGUCGUUCCCCACCCAUGUUACGGACCUUCACUCGAAGAUGCUGGACGCCCUAGAGAAGCUUGGCGUUCCGCGGAACCCUUCCCAAGCUGCGGGGAAGCCAGUGGGCGCCUUCUUGACCCCUUCCACUGUCAAUCCUUCUACUGCCACCCGCUCGUAUGCUGCAAACACGUACUUCGCGCCGAACUCCGGACGAGAGAACCUUCUGGUUCUUACAGAAGCUCAGGUCACGAAGGUGCAUUUGGAGGCGGGUCCCAAUGGGAUGCAGAAAGCCACUGGUGUUAGCUUUAUCAGGGACGGCAUCACAACCACCGUCAAUGUUAAGAGAGAAAUUAUUCUCUCGGCCGGUUCGUUCCAGACGCCUCAAGUCCUUGAGCUGUCCGGGAUUGGUAACAAGAGCCGGCUGCAAGCCUUGGGCAUCGAGACCAAGAUUGACGCUCCUGGGGUUGGCGAGAACCUCCAGGACCAUGCCAUCAUCACGACCAUUGUCGAAGUUGACCCUAAGAUCGAGACUUUAGAGAUGCUCGCUGAUCCUGAGCACAUGGCUGCUCAGCAAAAGCUCUAUGGUACCCAGCAGGGAAUUUUGGCCGCCGUCCCCACUUCUCUCGUCGCCUUUGCUUCCGGCAAGGCGCUCGGGUCGGACGCCGACAUCCGCAAGUGGGAGUCUCUGGCUAGUGUAGAGAGCACCCCCGAGAUCUUCACGGAGACUCCGGCCCCCGUGAAGAAAGGUAUCCAGAAACAAUACGGUAUUAUCAGUAAAUGGGCCGACCAGGAUUGGCCUAUAGCCCAGUUCAUCCACUGGAACGGUCACCUCCCCGUGCCCGGCCUUACCCCAGGCCCCGGGCAGCGGUACAUCUCCGUUGUCUCGACUUACGCCCACCCCCUCUCUCGGGGCACCGUCCACAUCACAUCCGCCGACCCCCUCGCGCCGCCCGCCAUCCAGCAGAACUACCUCGCCAACCCCGCGGACCUCGACAUCCUCACUAAAUGCCUGCGACUCACGCUGAAGAUGUAUGACACGAAGCCCUUGUCGGACUCUGUCGUAAAGAAGGUCUACCCGACCUACUCUGCCGAUGUCGACGAGGAGACCGCUCGCAACCACGUAAAGCAAUGCUUGGGCGCCUUGUGGCACCCCGUCGGCACUGCUGCCAUGUUGCCCAGGGAGGACGGCGGUGUCGUGGAUCCCAGCCUCCUUGUGUACGGUACUUCGAACCUCCGGGUGGUCGACUGCUCCGUUAUCCCGAUCAUCGUCUCUGCUAACAUCGUCACCCUUGCGUACGCCAUUGGCGAGAAGGCUGCGGACAUUAUCAAGAGCGCCAACAAAUAAAGCCGCUCUGGCUCGGCUAUUAUAGCCUAAUGUUGAGAUUGUUGAGACUACUCAUGAUUUUUAUUCGGGUAUCGGGCGGAGGGAACAAAUGGCACGGUGUACCACAAAGUUUAGCGCUUGUUAGAAAUGAAUAGAGUUCG